AUGGGGAUUGUGGUUAUGUUGUUACUGACUGUCCUGGACUCGGGAGUGUGUUCAGUCUCACUGCCAGAAAUCACUGAUGGGAAGUUCAUUGAUGAAUGUGUGAGGGAACACAACGAGGCCCGGUCAUCUGUCAGUCCGUCUGCAAGUGACAUGCUGUACAUGACAUGGGAUGACGGCUUGGCCAUUACUGCAAGAGCAUGGGCAAGGCACUGUGUGUUUGAACACAACACCUACCUCAAAGAUGUCAUGGUGUGUGUGCACCCUACCUUCUCCUCUUUUGGAGAAAACAAUGACCAGCUAGCCUGGCGAAGCCGUGCUUCACGUGCUCAGCGAACUGCAGGUUACAACUGGACCCCAGACUGGGACCCUGCUCUGGCCACCAGUGGCUCCAACUAUGCGACAAUUCUAAUUGUCCGGCCCACUGCCCUCAUCUUCACCUUCAUCACAGCGUAUGCAAUCCACCACUUUUAUCCCGAUGUCUUCUGCUACGAAUAGACCACCUGUGGUGACCUUAAGAACACAGACUUACUCAGGAAGUGCUACGAUGAAGAUGCAAGUUUUAUUUAACCUUUCAUUUUUUUUUUGUCUACAGGCAGCUUUUAAGUACUGAAAGAUCUGCACAUAAAGGUCAGAGGUCUAAUCGAGUUAGCAACUAGGUGGGCAAAAAGAGACAGAUAUUUCCAGCUAACAGACUAGUGAUACAAACAAGUAAAUAGUCAGCCGUUAGCUAACAUGUUCACCAUAUCAACUUUAUGAGGCAAUAACAUGUCCUUGAUAAACUGAAAGAAGUUAAAAAAAUAAACCAAUUGAUUCUCCGAGAACGGCACUCCGAGAGCACCGACCUCCGCCAAGGCAUG